AUGGCGGAUUCUAUCAUCCGGACUGAGUCACAAGCCUCUCAUAUCAUUGGCAUCGCGGUCGGUUUUGUUGUUGCCUCGGGUAUCAUUGUAUUGCUACGGGUCUACGCAAGACUCGUGCUUCUCGGAUUGGCGGGCCCAGAUGACUGGACCAUUCUGGCAGCAACGGGCAUUGCCAUCGUCGACUCGGUAUCGACUGUAAUGGAGGCAAAACAUGGCAUGGGCAGACAUAAGGAAAAUGUUUCAGUGGAGGACAGUAUUGAGCAGCUGAAGUACUUGUACGUCGCUAUUCUUCUCUACAAUGUGGGCAUGAACAUUGUUAAAGUUUCGUUUCUAUUUCAAUACCGCCGUAUCUUCCAAUCGUCGCGAGUUCAGAAUAUCUGCUUCUGGGUAAUCAUUGGUGUUAUACUUUGGGCUUGUGUCCAGACCACUCUUUUAGGCACCUCAUGUUUGCCAGUCUCUAUUCUCGUACCCAGCACCGCAGGUUGGUGUCUAGACACGCUACCGGUAUGGUACAUCUCAUCGGCCAUAAGCAUCGCUACAGACGUUAUUAUCUUUUGCAUCCCGCUGCCGUCGGUCUGGAAGCUCCAAUUGCCUAUUAAGCAGAAGAUUAUGGUUAUACUCAUCUUCUGCUUGGGUUUCUUUGUUUGUAUCAUCUCCGUCUAUCGCAUGUGCACUCUCCGUGAGGCUGUUUAUAGCAAUGAUCCUCCGUGGAAUGGCGCCGGUGCUGCUAUCUGGUCCGUCAUCGAACUCAAUUGCGCUAUCAUCUGUGCCUCGCUGCCCACUCUGCGGCCUUUGAUAGCGAAGGUCGUCCCUGGCAUGUCAUCCAGCAACAGUAAUUAUGCUAGCUACGAGCGCUACGGGUCCCAGUAUGCUCCCGGCUCUAACCUGCGACUCGGCGCCCACGCCUCGGUCAAGGCCUCUAGAAGGAGCCCACGAAGCAUCAGCACUGAAGAAUUGGCUUUGAACGAUAUGAACUCGGCUAUGCAGAGUGGUAUGCCCAGUACUUAUGCAGAGAGCAGGAGCUUGCGUCUGGAGCACGGCAAUCUCAAGCGGAUUAUGGUAACGACAGAGACAUCAGUGAGUAACCAGAGCAAGUAUUAA